GCGCUGCAGCUCUCGUAAUAGGAUUCGGGGAGCUCACAGAGGCAUGGCUGUGUUGGCGUCUCUCGGGGUACCCCUGCUUCGGACGUCGGCUUCACGGUGGAAACUGUGCGGGUCUGCGCUGACAGCAUAUACACGGCAGCCAUCUCGAUCUCACCGCCUCGCGCCGUCGGAUGAUGAGAUCUAUCAGAAGACCACGGUGUCUGUUCUAGAGAGGGACUCCUCUGACGUCAUGUUUAUCGAAAGUGUCAGCCGUCAGGGAUUCAUCAUCAACGGUGACCGAGUGGUGGGGCCCUGCGCUAUUAUCCCAAAAGCAAUUCUGCAAUGGAACGUUGGUUCCCAUAAAGACAUCUCGGUGGAAAGUCUUUCCUUAUUCCACAUGCUGGUUCCCAGGAUCGAAAUCGUGGUUCUGGGAACUGGAGACAGAGUGGAGAGGUUAGACCCGGCCAUUCUUAAGUUCAUGAGACAGAAAGGUGUAGCGGUUGAGGUGCAAGAUACGGCCAACGCAUGCGCAACUUUUAACUUCCUGAACAGCGAAGGCCGUGUGACGGGAGCCGCAUUGAUUCCCCCAACAGCAGACAGGAGAUCUGCAUAGAACCCGACAGACUGUUACAAACACAGGCAAGGAAACGGACAGCCAUGUAACUUGCAGAUAUUUUUUAUUGACGGGUGUCAUACCAUCUUACAUAUAAAAAACAGCGUAAUAAUGAAA